AUGGCUGUUGUCCUUCAAAAUCGUACUGUAUCGAUGAUUCUUAUGGUCCCUGAAAUUACAGUGUUAGCUCCAUCAUCAUUAUCAUCCUCAUCUAUCACUGAAAAACUCGAUCAGACAAAUACUGAUCAAUCAUUUUCAAUAUUGAAACAUGAUCCAUCAUCAAACAUGAAUAUUACUUCUUCAAUACCUGUUUAUCAUGGAUCAAUUGUUCGUAUUGAACAACAUAAUAAUGAUCAAAAUACAUCUGAUUUAAUUGUUCGUGUACCAAAUUUUCAAUGCUUUUCACUUCCAUUAGAUAAUAUUGAUAAUAAACAACAAACCAAAAUUAAACGACGUGCUCCUAUAUGUCCUAUUCUUGGUAGUUCAAAUCGACAAAAUAAUCUUAAUUCAUCCAAUAUAAAUACUAAAAAUAAUUUGAAUAAACUAAAUCUAAAUCAAUCACGAGUAGCAAGUAUCAAUCGUUUAACUACUGGUUUACGUAGUAUAAGUCGAGCAUUUACUCAUAGUUGUAAAUCAAAACGAUCAUCUAGUAUGAAUGAAAUAAAUUUUCUUCCAGCUCUUCCUGAUGUUGAAAUAAUGACAAACAAAGUUGAAAUACCAAUAAUAUCAAAAGAAACUAUAGAACAUGAAAAUUUAACAUCAACUAUACCAAAAUUAAUUACACCAAAAAUUUUAUUUAUUAAACAAAAACAUUUUAAAAUAAAAAAUAAACAACCAUCAACAAAUAUUCUAAUUGACACCAAAACUAAUCUUGAAAAUAAUCAAAUUAGUCUAACACCAACAUCAACAAUAAUAACAACACAAUAUGUUGAUGUUGAAAAAACUCAGUCAAGAAAAAUAACAUCAUUUUGUCAACCAUUUAUCGAAAAAACUGAUUUAAAUCAACAAACAGAUAUUAUAGAAAAAGAUAAUGGUAAAGAACAACAAAAUAAAUCAAUCAAAUUUGACUAUGAAGAUGAACCAUUGACAACAAUUUAUCAAUUCAUUUCUGAUAUUCCGUUAUCAUCUAUCGAUGCCGAUUCAUUAUCAACUCAUCGUUAUAGUACUAUUUCUACCGUUGUACCUGAUAAUCGAAAUUCUAUCAUAGAUAAUAACGGGAAAGAUGUAUUAUUAUCUGAACAACCAUUAACAAUUAUUUCUCCAACAUCACCUGGAAUUUCAUAUAAUAUUAAUCAUAAAACAACAGCAUCAAUUAGUCAUAACAUGUCACCAAAAACUCAACGACCAUUUCGUAUUCAAACAAGUAUUCUUCAACCUGAUAUAAGUGUUAUUCGUAUAGGUACAACUGAUUUAACAACUGAAAUAGAUCGUCUUUUACCUGGAGAAAAACUUUCGAAUGAACAAAUUGAUUUAAUAACAAAGAAUCAAUUAGAUAUUGAACAAAAACAAAUUGAUGAUAAUCAAAUAAAACAAGAUCAAUACAAUGUUAUUCAAGCAAAUGAAGAAACAUUUGCUGAAUGUUAUGAAGUUACAUAUCAAAUCGAUCCACAAUAUAAAAAUGAAAAAGAACAAAUCACAAAUCAAUCAUUUAUUCCAAUUCAAAUUAAUCUUGAUCCAUUUGAAUAUCAAAAUUUAACAUCAACAUUAACAACAUGGUUACCAGUUAUAAGUCAAAAUGAAUAUGAACAAAUUGUACAUGAUAAUAAUGCUCAUCAAAAUAAUCGAAAAUGUCAACAAAUUAAAAACGAAAAUCAUAGCCUUGAACAUUUAGACAUAAUUCCAAAACAACGAGAAAUAUUAAUCAAUAAUAUUCGACGAAUAAAAUCUCGUUCUGUUGAUGAUCUAUCACGAACAAGUAAUGAUCAAACAUCGACAUAUCAAUGUGAAUCGAUUUCGUCUUCAUCAUCUUCAGACAUUUCUUCUCGACAUUGUACUUUUCAACGAUCAAUUUCUUAUAAUGAUCGUGAUAUUUAUAUUAGUACAGAUAGAGAAACACGUCGUGAACAUUUUAUUUGUCAAGUUGAGCAAUUAUCUUCAGGUGAACAUGCUGAAUUAAAAGAAAAUGAUCAAAUUUUGUGCAUUAAUAGUACACCAGUUAUUGAUGAAGAAUAUACUGUUGUUUUACAAGUUAUAAAUCAUGGUUUACAAACAGAUACAUUAAAUUUUGAUGUUAUUACAAAUAGUGUUUACGAAGAAUUUAAAUCACAAAUUGAUCAAGUUUAUCAAUGA